UUGUUCCAUUGACGAAGCUCUUUCCCUCAUAAAGUCUUACAGUCCCUAAUUGGAGCAUGUGGACUGUUUAUGGUGUCAGUCGGGCGUCCUUAAACUGUUGUUUACACACGGCUCAGGUGCAGGUGUUUGUAUGACGGGAAUGCACAAACACCCAUAAAACCCCAAUUCCGAUAUCUGAGCUUAUAAACACCCAUAUCGACACCUUUUGGUAAACAAGCAGUAGAUAAACCCUAUAAAAAGGCUGCCAAGGUCUUGGAAAAAGUCUCCAGAGUGUAAAAAUACAAGUACAAUUGCCAUUGACUGCUUUUGUUUCCCACUGCUCAGAGAUAAAGCGACAGAAGAAACUAGUUAGAACUACACAAUGAAACUAUCAACACUCGCUACAGUUGCUUGCCUUGCCCUGACAUCCAAAGCUGAUGCUUUCGCUGAUGCCUAUGCCUUUGCCUUUGCUGAAGGUGAUGCCGUGCCAUGGGCAGAUGCUGUACCAGAGGCUAAUGCUGUUGCCCAGGCUUAUGCUGAGGCAUACGCUGAAGCUUUGGCAAUUGCUCACCCAGACCCACAAGCUUACGCCCUCGCUGCUUCUGAGGAUGACUGUGCUACAUUCAGUUGUCACGCUGCAUGUGGUUACCUGAUUUUGGAUGCACAAGCUUGUUCAAUUAACGAAACUGAUACCUACUCCGGUCCUUAUAAUACCACUUGUCUCUGUUCUGAUGGUUCCAACUUCUUGGAGCGUUAUCCAUCUUGUAUGGAGUGUGGUUGGACCUUGUGGAAAUACUAUGGUGUUUACGUCACCGAGGCUUUGGCAGCAUGUUCCACACUUUCAACUGAACCAACUGGUACUUUGAGAUGUUCAACGACUUUGACUGACUCAUAUACAAAGGAUGCUAACGCUGGCUGUGCUUAUGGAGGUGGCUGUACAAGCACCGAGAGUGAUGGGUCUUCUGCCAGUGGUUCUGCCAGUGUUUCUGAAAGUGCAUCAACAACUGACGACUCUUCCGCCUCUGGUUCAGCUUCAGCUUCUGGUUCAGGCUCUGCAUCUGCUUCAGCAUCUGCUUCCAGUGCUAGUGCAGCAGGUGCUGCUGUCUCUGGUGAAGCUUCUGGCUCUGCUUCUGGCUCCGCUUCUGCUAGUGCUAGUGCUUCUGAGUCUGAAUCCUCUUCCACCUCAGCUUCUUCUACUGCUAACAGUGCCCAAAUAUUGGCAGCUGGUUCCUCCCUUUUCGGUAUUUUUGCCUUGGCCUUGUUCAUCUAA